UGGACAGUGAGCACAUACACCCAGGGCCGCCCAUCUGUCAGUGGGGGAUCCCAUCCAGGGAGUCCAGGGAGAGGAGCUUCAGAAAAUAGAGCCCAGGUGAUCCGGCCUUUAACUUUGAUUUUCAUUGGAUUUUGAAAGAAGUCCCCGGUGGAAGGCUCCAAGAUGUUUUUCAGACUCCCAACACUCACUCCCGGUUACAUUAGACUGCUGCAGACCCAGGCGUUCCAUAACAUGCCUGUGACACCUCCGGCUGAGAGGACCAUGCCUGGUAUGGCUAUGCUGCUGGGGGCCGUGGGGAUCGGGAUGUGCGGCUACAGCUCCAGGCAGUUGGCCCUUCACCACAGGCCCUCCACUCGUGUGCUGCACUGGGUUGGCACGCACACCGACCCCGGCGGUCCUGGCGCUGCGACACAUAGGACCUGUGUCCUGGAUGUAACCCGCCGAGCUCCCACCUCCCAGGAGAUCCCACCUCCGUCCUUUGUGGGCCAAAAAUUUCCCUAAAAAACAGCUACUAUGUCAUAAAGUUAGAAUAUAAAGCAUUGAAGGUGAAGUUCCUGUAGCUACACUUCCUCAGAUCUGAGAUUGUAGCUAUGCUGGCCCGUUGCAGCUGCAGUGAGGCCCAUGUGCUCUCUAAGGAUGAGUAAGUGUAGAUACCUGACUUAACCUAAAUAAAAACCAUAAUGACAUGGAAUUCCUUAUGUAGUGCAAUAGAUGUAACCAUAACUAAAACUUUAAGGCACUGACAGGACACUUGUUAGUAAGAGUGACUGGAUGAAUAUAUUACAGAUGCUGGAACUUCCCAGACUCCUGUUGAGUUUCACUUAGUGAGUCAGAUUGUUUAAUUUGGAAAUAUUUUCCCUAUUCUAAAGGUGUGGUAUUAAAAAGCAUCAUGUUUGGCAUUGCCCCUCUUUCUUUGAGUCUUACAAAGCAGACAGCUACUUGUAAGUGCUUUAGCAGCACAUUGAUGCCCAUGACUUCAAUGGUAUUUUCUCUGACAUGGAUCAGGUGUAGUCCAUGCAACACAGACUAUAUUGUCAAUGGAGAGUGUGACUGAAGGACAAAUGAUACAACAGUUUCAAAAUAUGACAUCCAAGAAUGUAAACUAUGCAUGCACAGUUACAAUGUGCAGGAUUAUGAUUGCAGGGUUUUGUGUCUGAGACCUUGGUGCUGGCAGUCAGGCAAAGCAGAGUGGUGAUUCCUUCAGGAUAAACUGUCCUACUGGGAUUAACCUUGGUGGAAAAUCAACGCACGCUCAUUAUCCUAAUCUGGAAUUAGAGAGACAAAGACCUGAGGAACUCAAGCAGUUCCUAUGUGACCAAACAAUGUGCCGUUCACCCUGCAGUGUCCACCAUUUCUCUGAGUCAUAAGCAGAGUUAAGAAAAAUAUAUAUUAAUGUUGGUGUUUUUAAUUGUGUAGACAUAAAGGGAAAAGGGGACCUGAGAUUUGUCGAGGCACUGAGUGUGGUUGAGAACGUGUGCUGUGCCUUAUUGGUUGCACAGGGUUACACUGUCUCGGCAAGAGGUGCAGAGGAACUUUUGAGAACACAAAUAAAUUUUGAAAAGAACUGAUGGUGAGAAAGUUGAAUAUCUGACCAGUCUUUUUUAAUCCAUCUGAAGAGCCAGCCUCGUCUGUCUACCAAAUUUGAUGAGUGGCGAGUUGCAACAGGUUGCAAGUGUCUUAAAGUCCCAGCGGUGCUUCUCCAGAAUAGUGCAGCAGGUUUCCACCAAAACGGUCAUAAUCCGCUCAGCAGGGGACACCGACAGCUCCAACUGGCAUCAGAUGCUGAAUAAUUGCCCUGGACAGCAACUUUUAACAGUUACAUAAUGUGAUUAUAAUGGUUACAAAUUUUGAAAAAUCCACCAGUAACAUGUAUGACGAAUCAUUUUUUACCAGUUAUAAGAUAAAACGUAGCAAAACUUGGGUGCCAUGUUCAAGCUUUGCACUCCAAGGAUUUGUGAAAUCGUUGUGGUCAUGGGCUGAAGACUGAAGGCUUUGCAAUGCACCUGACUGGCUUUGAUAAAUCCUCACUAUGCUGCAGUGUUGCACACCGAGCCCUCUGGAAACGUAUUGAUCUCAGAGCAAGAGAGGAAGCUCCUCUCCCCACCGCAGCAAAGCUUCUCUCAGUUUUCUGCACCUUAUUGCAGAAUACUGACAUAUUGUGUUGUAGUGGAUUAAAAAUGCAGGGGAUGAUUGAAGGCAUCAUAUUCAUCCUGUCAGCUUACUGUGUGUCACAAACCAGUGCUCAUUUAGUUAUAAGUGAACUGUAGUUCAGCUCUGUUAAAUAAAGGAGAGAUGUUGUCUGUAGAAGUUCAUACUUAAUAAAUUCAUGUUGCACAAGAUCACUUCUGCUGUUGCACUUUAGUCACAAAUGUUAGGCGAACAGCCUUUGCAAACACUUGUGGGUUUUUUCUAUUUUUUUGUAUAAAGAAAUAAAUGUUUUUAGUUAAAUUACAAUUCAUGUUGUAUUGG